AACGCUGUUCACCAACCAAAGACGUCGAGCGACUACGAGUACAGGUGGAUUUCUCUUACCAUUCCCAACAUGACCAAAGAGGAAAACGAAGUCUCGGGCGGAGUUGCGCCUCUUGCCAAACCCAACGACCUCGAAGCCGCUGUUGCACCCGAAACGGAAAGUUCAGCACCGGAAGUUUCCGCAUCUACGGCUUUGGAGUCGGCGGCUUCCGGGCCUGCUUCGACCACGGCGACGGCAACACUCACGGCAACGGUCACGGUCCCAUCGAGGCUCGCCGGAAACACUGCGAACAGCGAUGGAAACCUCGUGGAGGCAACGCCCGUGRAAGAUAUCGAGCCUGUAGCAGCAGUCGAGGCUACCGUUGUGAGAGAAGGAGCGAACAAAACUCCCAAGAACAASGUCUUGGUGGUGGUGGCGGCGGUGGCCGCCCUUGUUGUCGUCGUCCUGGUGGUGGCGCUGUCGCUGCGGGGCAGCAAAAGCCAAGCCGAGGGCGAGGCCACYGCGGUGGUUCCCCCCGUCGAUCCGGAACGCCUCGAGUCCAUCCGUUCCAUUCUUGCCCCCAUCAGCGGUGAAGCCGUCUUUGAUCCCGACAGCGAAGAAUUCUCGGUCGACCGCAUCGAAGCGCUGGAUUGGCUCGUGGAAGAAGACCGGAAAUCACCCUUUCCGCUGGACGAUGMGACUCAGCUGUGGCACAUUCGGCAGCUCUACGUUCUUGCCGUGUUUUAUUUCGCCACGGGUGGCGACGAUUGGCAACACCAGUACAAGUUCCUCCAGGGCACCAACGAGUGCGACUGGAACGCGGAAGAGUCGCAGAGGGAGUGCAUCAAAGAUAUUGAGGUCUGCGACUGCGAAGACGGUGAAGAGUGCUUAGUGAGCAACGACAACGACCCGCGGGGCAUUGUCUGCAACGACCAGGGCCGGGUGACGAACAUUGCGACGUGUACGUUCGAAAGAAACAAAAAAUCACAAACACCGAAUCGUUCGUGUACCGUACUGMAAUGCGUGCGCAUGUGUGUGUWUGGAUUUGUAKGGAAGAAAUGCAACGUGCCGGUUUGUSUUUCGGCCAGCAGCGUUGUGUGUGUUUGUGUGUGUUGUGACAUGCAAUGCCAUUUUUUUGUUUUCCCAUUCGUUUCUAGAACUCUCACAUUGUUGCGAUGUUGCCCAACUCUUGUGGUUUCUUGGAACACCGCUGUCCGCUGUUGURUGCUGGACUCUCGUACUSUCUCUUGCAAUGUGCCUCGUGCCCGAACCCCGCGAUUGGUUCCURCAAAUGGCAAACCAUGCGGUACGUACGAACUACCAAUUUCCAUUUAGACUGGAACGGCCUAACGGGUACUAUUCCGGAAGAAUUAUCCUAUCUGAACGAGACACUAGUGGAAAUCAAUAUCGGAGGGARCAGCCUGACCGGUACGAUUCCCUCUUCCAUACAACAACUGUCGCUUCUGGAGAAUUUUGCGGUCCACGACAACUGCCUCAGCGGUACAAUUCCCGAUUUGUCGGGGCUGCCGUCGCUGKCGAUAUUGCUCCUCUACAACAACAUAGAGCUCUCCGGAUCCCUGAACGGAUUUUGCGACGGCCCGGCCUUCAAGAACCCAAAGACURUUGCCCUGUCCUCGGACUGCGGCUGUCCCGGCGGUGCCCAGGCGCUCGUACCCGCUCCCCCGCCGAUAGAGUGCGAGUGCUGCCUGUGCUGCGAGAUGUCCAGGUUUGAGUGCUGCGACGCGGCCGGCAACUCGUGGYCCUCCAUUGCUUUUGGCGAAUUCAACACCGACGRCUUUCUCGAGAGCUUCGAGAAACCCUGCCUGUCCGAGGCGUCGAAGGAGUACGUCGAGGACGAGUGCCCGUGCUUUUACGAUUCGAAGCCCGACGAAUCCCKCUUUUUUGGAAAGUGCACGUCCAACUGCUCCCGGGCCGACGCGAUUCCGUCGUAUUCCUGGUAGCACUACUGCCAACGUACAAACAAACUUAGUUGGUGCCUCUUCCGGUCCCAAUCAAUUGAAAGCAAAACA